GCUCAGUCUCCCUCGGGCCCAAACAGUCAAAAGGACCCCUGGAUAAACUCCAACAUUCACCUGCCUCCCCCAGCUCUGCCUCCCAGCUCUUCCAAUCCCACAGCCUGCGCUUGGGCUGCUCCACCGGUGUGUUUCCUCCUUCGGAUUCCCACUGUGGACCAUGUGUGAGUGUCUGCGUGGAAUAUUCAGAGUCACCUGGACACCUUCCUCCGAUGCAGACAGAGACCAAGAGGACAGCCAUGUUUUCAACCAGACCAGAGAUCCAGCCGUAAAAGAUAAGAGGCGGUCACCCCCGUCUUCCAGAUCCCCCUCCGCCCCCCAGCGCAACCCUCACCACAGCGGCUCCACAGAGGAACAGGAGAGCCCUGAGAGAGUGGUGCAGAAGGAGAAGCUCCAUGCCGAGCUGAAGCAGGUACUGAGCCAGAAGAGAAGUCAUCUGAGAGAGUCGACCUGCCAGCUGGCCCAACCAGAGAUGGACUCUGAGCCAGCAAAUGAACAGACAAGUGUGGAGGAAGCCUCUAAAUCUGUGGAGAUUGUGGUGGAGACAGAGGCAGGGGCUGGAGCCAGCGGCUACAGUGUGACUGGUGGAGGAGAACGAGGGAUCUUUGUAAAAGACGUCCUCAAAGACUCUCCAGCUGCUAAACACCUCAGUCUACAGCAAGGUGACCAGCUGCUAAGUGCCAAAGUCUACUUUGACAAUGUGAGGUAUGAAGACGCUUUAAAAAUCCUUCAGUGCGCAGAGCCAUAUAGGGUCAGCUUCCAGCUUAAGCGAACCAUCCCUGGAGCGGAUGGCAGCGUGCGCCCAAAGGUUCCCAGUGUGGAGGUCAAAGGUCCCAAAGUCAAGAUGGGCAAAAUGAGUGUGAAGGGGACCAAACCAUUUAAGACUCAGAAGAAACGAGGUGGACGUUUUGGUCUGAAAAGGCUAAAAGAGAAGCGAAGAGAGGAGCUGGUGGUAGAGGGAACACCUCCCAGGCUGGAGAUGAGUGAUGUAGAGUUUUCUCUUCCCAAAUUCAAACAAAGGAAAAGUCCAAAAGUUGAAGUAGAGGAAGCCAGAGGAGCAGCAGUUGAGAGGAAGGCAAAGAAGAGGAUGAGGUUCCCGCAAAAAGGAGCAAAAGUGGAGACAGGACGGUUUGAAGGACAAGUGAAUAUUUCCCCAUCUGAAAUGCCUGGAGCUAAAGUGAAAAGCAAAGGAAAAGGACACAAGUUUGGCAUCACCUUUCCUACAAGCAAACACACAAAGUCAGGCUCUACUUUGGAAACUGGAUCUGUGGAGCUGAAGCCUCCGGGGGUAAACAUCCAGCCGCCAUCUGUGGAGUUCAGUUUGUCUGCUAAUAAAGAUGUGGAGAAGGGAGCAUCUAAAGUUAGCCUACCUGAUGUGGAGUUUGCUCUCCCUUCAGGAAAAGCUGAGACAUCUUUGCCCAGUGUGAAGGGAACGGCCAAAAUCAAAGCUCCUGAAAUGGACAUCAAAGGAAGAGCUGAAACAGCUGAAGGAAAAGUUCAUGUAGAUGCAGACAAAGGAGAUGCAAAGGUCAGAAUGCCAAAGUUGAAACUACCCAAAGUUAGACUCUCACACCAUUCAGAUGAAAUUGAUGGUGACAUCAAGGUAAAAGCUGGAGGCAUCAAAAUGCCUCACACUGACAUAAAACCUCCAGAGGUAGAAGUCAAAGGAGAUGGGCAGAUCGCUCUUCCCUCUGUUGAUAUUUCUUUGCCUAAAGUGAAGGGAAAGACUGACAUAUUGAUCAAAGAUCACGAAGGAAUUUGGAAGACUGCAAUCAACAUGCCUGCCAGUGACAUCUCUGUAGCUGAUAUUGAUUUGGAAUUAGACAGCGGACGGAGAAUUCCUGAUGAGGUCGAGGGCACUUUUAAAGGGCCCAAGAUCUCUAUGCCAAAGGUUGAUAUCUCACUACCUAAGAUGGGAUCAUCGGUGGACACUGAGUGCCCAGAAGUGGAAGGAAAAUUCUCUCUACCUUCUGUUGAGCUCUCACUCCCAAAGGUCCAAUCAGAUAGUGGAGAUGUCCAUAUGGACUACUAUGUUGGUGGUGAUGGAAAAUUCAAAAUGCCUGAUUUUGACAUUUCUCAACCAGGAGAAGUAAACAUAAGGGGGCAAGGUGUGGAAGGGGAAUUCAAGUUACCCAAAGUGGACCUGAUCCUUCCCAAAGGCAAAGCAGAAGUGACUGAUGUUGAAGGGGAAGGAAAUUUUCAUUUACCACCAAGUGAAAUCCAGAUACCCUCUGAUAUUUCUCUUGAAAAGGGAAGGGCAAAGGGCAAAAUUGAAAUGGAGGCUCCCUCUGCUAAAGGACGAUUCAAAAUGCCUUCACUUGAUGUCAGACUCCCUAAGAUGGGAACAUCUGAAACUGAGGCUAAUUUACAUGGUUCUGAUAUCAAAGGAGGGAAAAUUGAGGUGCCAUCAAUAGAUGUUUCUCUGUCAAAAGACAAGGGAGGGGCUGAAACUGAUGGAAAAGGAAGCAAUUUUAAAAUGCCUUCAUGCAAUAUAUCCCUACCAAAACUGAAGCCAUCUGAAAAAGAGGUUGUUUUAGAAGGAAGUGAAGUAAAAGGAGGCAAACUCAGCAUGCCCACUGUAGACAUUUCUCCUCCAAAAAUAAAGCUACCUGACCCUGAUGUCAAAUUUGAAGGACCAGAACUUCCAGGUGUUGACUUUUCACUAUCCAAGCCAAACACUGAGGCCAAUGUGGAGCUCAGUGGCAGUGGGGGUGGCAAGUUCCAGCUCCCAACUUUUGAUAUCUCACUUCCAAAGGUGCCCACCAAAGAAGGAGAAUUUGAUACUGAAUCUAAAGCAAAAGGAGGAGCAAAGUUCAACGUCCCAUCACUUGACUUCUCUCUUCCUGUAAUGAAAUCACCAGAGGGAGAGGUAAAGCUUGAGAGCCCUGAAGUCAAAGGAAGAAAAUUCCAGAUGCCUUCUUUUGAUGUCUCACUACCAAAGAUGAAGAUGCCUGAGGGAAAUCUUGUCCUAGAAGGACCUUCUCUUGACAUCUCUCCUCCAAAGGGAAAAGCAAAAGGAAAAGCAGAGGGUGACAUACAAGUAAAAAGUAAAGGAGAACCUUUUCAAAUCCCUUCAGUUGAUGUUUCUCUACCUCAAAUUAAAUCAAAGCAAGGUGAUAUAAAGGUUGAAGGACCAGAAAUUACCUUUGAAGGUAAUGGGAAAGGAGGUAAAUUCAAUUUGCCAUCUGUUGACAUUGAUCUUCCUGUUGUAAAAAUGCCAACUGUUGAUAUUUCACUUCCAAAAGGUAAAGAAGAGGGAGAAGUUGACACUGGCAUUGACAUAAACACUGAAGGGCCUGAAGGUAGAGGAGGAAAGAUAACAAUGCCAAAAUUUGACAUUUCUUUACCAAAGGUAAAUUUUCCUGAGGGUGAUGUCAAAUUAAAAGGACCUGAAACAAAGGGAAGAAAGAUUGAAAUGCCAGAUAUUGACAUAUCACUCCCCAAAGGAAAAGUAGGGGGGAAAAUUGAAGGGCACACUGGCAAAGGCAACAAGUUCAACAUGCCCUCUAUUAACAUCUCUCUCCCUAAAAUAAAAUCUAAAAGACCAGAUAUAGAUACUGAAGGUCCUCAAGGCAAAGGUGGAAAACCAAACAUGCCAUCCAUAGAUCUUUCUACACCUAAUAUAAAAUCUCAGGAUGUAGAU